AUGGAGCGGUCGCAGAGCCGCCUCAGCCUCUCCGCCUCCUUCGAGGCCCUGGCCAUCUACUUCCCCUGCAUGAACAGCUUCGACGAGGAGGACGCGGAUGGGGAUGGUCGGAGACUGAAAGGAGCUAUCCAAAGGAGCACAGAAACUGGGCUGGCUGUCGAAAUGCCCAGCCGGACCGUCCGUCAAGCCAGCCAUGAGUCCAUUGAGGACAGCAUGAACAGCUAUGGGUCAGAGGGAAACUUGAAUUUCAGUGGAGUCCAUCUGGCAUCUGCUGGGCAGUUUAGUGACUUCUUGGGGAGCAUGGGCCCUGCACAAUUUGUUGGGCGUCAGACCUUGGCCACCACCUCGAUGGGGGAUGUGGAAAUUGGCUUGCAAGAGCGAAAUGGGCAGCUAGAAGUGGAUAUCAUUCAGGCUCGAGGACUGACACCAAAACCCGGCUCCAAAACACUGCCAGCUGCUUACAUCAAAGCUUACCUGCUAGAGAAUGGCGUGUGCAUUGCGAAAAAGAAGACAAAAGUGGCUCGCAAAUCAUUAGACCCCUUGUACAAUCAGGUGUUACUGUUUGCUGAGAGCCCCCAGGGCAAAGUGUUACAGGUGAUAGUCUGGGGAAACUAUGGACGCAUGGAGCGCAAGCACUUCAUGGGAGUUGCCAGGGUCCUCCUGGAAGAACUGGAUUUGUCAACUUUAGCAAUCGGCUGGUACAAGCUCUUCCCAACCUCCUCGAUGGUAGAUCCCACUACAGGCCCGCUCCUGCGUCAGUCCUCACAGCUUUCCCUGGAGAGCACAGUGGGACCCUGCUGUGACAGGUCUUAG